AUGGCAAUGAAAAAAUAUGUUAUACAUCUUGAUAAAUCUAGUGAACAAGAAAAAACUCAAGAUAUACUUCUUGAUGAAUCUAAUACAAUUACUAAUGAAAAAACUCUUGCAAUUGUAUCAAAGCAUUUUGCCAAUAAUGUUCCAGUAAUACGUUAUAUUGGAAUGAUUUCAUUAAAUAAAACUACAGUGGAAGCAAUUUUAGCAGAUUUAGAAUUAUUUUGUACUGCAAAAGGACUUGAUUUAACUCGUCUAAUUCAUUUUGAUUCAGAUGGUGCAAGUAAUAUAACCGCCACAGAGGAUGCAUCAAAAGGUUUACAAUAUUUCUCUGAUUAUACAGCAGUAGUUAAAGGAAUAUAUUCCUAUUGUAUUACAACAGAGUUUAUUGGUUCACCAAGAAAUCUACCACAACUUGGCACACAACUUCUUAAUUAUAUGACUACUAAUAGAAUAUCAACACCUAAACUUCCAUUAUUUGUAGCACAAUAUGCAACAAAUAUAAUUACAAAUCCACAUGAAAUUUCAACUAAACGACAAGCUUUAAAUAAUUUUGGAAAAGAUAAAAUUAUAUUUUUAGGCAACUAUUAUGAUAAAGAAAUUGAAAACGAAUACAGUAUUUUAACUCCAAAAUUUGAUAAAACUAAAUUAUUUGAAGAAUGGAAUUUGGUUAAACAUUUUAUUUUAAAAUUUAAAAACUUUCUUCCUUUAUCAAAUAGUUAUAUUGAACGUAUAUUUUCUCACCAAAAUAUGAUUAAAACCAAGUUGAGAAACCAAAUGGUAAUUCCUACACUUAAUAAUUAUUUGCUAAUUUCUCUUAAUGGACCUUCAAUUGAAAAUUUUGAUUUAGAACAAGCAUAUAAACAUUAG